AUGUAUAAUCCUUUCCACCGCGGUGACAAAGAUGGCAGAGAGGUCCAGGAGUCACUUACAGAGAACCACUUAAAACUCACCUCACUGGUGCUCUGCUGUGCUCGGUGGUGCUCUGCUGUGCUCGGUGGUGCUCUGCUGUGCUCGGUGGUGCUCUGCUGUGCUCGGUGGUGCUCUGCUGUGCUCGGUGGUGCUCUGCUGUGCUCGGUGGUGCUCUGCUGUGCUCAGUGGUGCUCUGCUGUGCUCGGUGGUGCUCUGCUGUGCUCGGUGGUGCUCUGCUGUGCCGUGCUCCGCUGUGCUCUGCUGUUUUCUGCGGUGUUCUGCUGUGCUCAGUGGUGCUCUGCCGUGCUCAGUGGUGCUCUGCUGUGUUCAGUGGUGCUCUGCUGUGCUCGGUGGUCAUCUGCUGUGCUCUGCUGUGCUCGGUGGUGCUCUGCUGUGCUCUGCCGUGCUCAGUGGUGCUCUGCUGUGUUCGGUGGUGCUCUGCUGUGCUCGGUGGUCAUCUGCUGUGCUAUGCUGUGCUCGGUGGUGCUCUGCUGUGCUCUGUCGUGCUCAGUGGUGCUCUGCUGUGUUCGGUGGUGCUCUUUGGUGCUCUGCUGUGCUCGGUGGUGCUCUGCUGUGCUCGGUGGUGCUCUGCUGUGCUCGGUGGUGCUCUGCUGUGCUCGGUGGUGCUCUGCUGUGCUCGGUGGUGCUCUGCUGUGCUCGGUGGUGCUCUGCUGUGCUCAGUGGUGCUCUGCUGUGCUCGGUGGUGCUCUGCUGUGCUCGGUGGUGCUCUGCUGUGCCGUGCUCCGCUGUGCUCUGCUGUUUUCUGCGGUGUUCUGCUGUGCUCAGUGGUGCUCUGCCGUGCUCAGUGGUGCUCUGCUGUGUUCGGUGGUGCUCUGCUGUGCUCGGUGGUCAUCUGCUGUGCUAUGCUGUGCUCGGUGGUGCUCUGCUGUGCUCUGUCGUGCUCAGUGGUGCUCUGCUGUGUUCGGUGGUGCUCUGCUGUGCUCUGCAGUGCUCAGUGGUGCUCUGCUGUGUUCGGUGGUGCUCUUGUAA